AUGUCUUCUUUGAAACCCUACCGAGGAACACAGCGCAAGCUGGUGCUGGCCUUCGACGUUGGAACCACAUUUAGUGGUAUCUCUUACGCUAUUCUCGAUCCAGGAGAAAUUCCAACCAUUCAAAACAUUACGUCGUACCCCGGCCAGGAAAAUUCUGCGGCAGAUUCAAAAAUUCCCUCGAUCCUGUAUUACAACCCAGACGGAACAGUUCACGCUGUUGGUGCCGAAGCGGCCACGCCCGGUGUUGCUCUAGAUGCUGAAGAUGAAGGGCUUGUUUUUGUAGAGUGGUUUAAACUGCACCUCCGAUCCGAUACUUUGGACACGGACAAUCUCAACAAAUCCACUCUCCCACCACUUCCACAAGGGAAGACUGUGGUACAGGUUUUUGCUGAUUUCAUGUCCUACUUGUACAGCUGUGCGCGUCGGAGAAUCAUUGAGAUCCACGCAAGCGGAGAGAGCCUCUGGUCCUCCUUGGAGGAACGCAUCGAUUUUGUAUUAAGCCAUCCCAAUGGCUGGGAAGGAGCCCAGCAGCAGAAGAUGCGGCAGGCUGCUAUACUUGGCGGGCUCGUUCCUGAUUCAAGAGCAGGGAGGUCACGAAUCCACUUUGUGAAGCUAGCAUGUAUUUCUGUGUUAAGAAUGGUUUCGCAUGUGGCAUCUCUGUAUAGUGGACAGACUGUUAUGGUCAUAGAUGCUGGUGGUGGAACGAUAGAUAUCAGCUCGUACAGAUUCUUGACAGUAUCGCCUACCUCUGUCGAGGAGAUCACAGAACCCGAUUGUAUCUUGGAAGGAUCUAUCAGCAUAAAUCAGAGAGCGCAUACGCUCUUACAUGAGAAGCUCAAAAAUUCUCCUUAUGGCAACGAGGAGGAUAUCAAAACGAUGUUAGAGAAUUUCGACAAGCAUAGAAAGUGGGUCUUCAAAAGCUCGCUUGAACCGUCGUGUAUCAACUCACAUUGGCAGGCAAUGAAGUCGCUUCACUCUUUGUACCUUCCAUUGCAGCCAUUGUCAAAGCAGCUGAACGACAACGUCAGCACCGUCACCCCUUCCCUGACGGCAAGUACUUCCGUCACGAGGACGGUGUUUCUUGUGGGCGGGUUUGCCGCGAAUCCGUGGCUUUUCUCAGAGCUGCAGCGAUUGCUGCAGCAAAUUGGUCUGCAUGUCUCACGCCCGGAUAGACAUACGAGUAAAGCCGUCGCAGAAGGGGCCGUCGCAUUCUAUCUAGAGGAAUGGGUGUCGGCGCGCGUUGCCAGAGUCACAUACGGUGUCCAAUGCCUUAUACCGUACCACGAAAAUGAUCCGGAGCAUCUUGCACGACGGGCAAGCGUCGUCUCUCGGCCUUCUGGAAAACGCAUGAUCCCGGACGCAUUCAGGAUCCUUUUAUCCAGGGGAGGCCGAAUCCAUGAGAAUGGAGAAGUGUAUCAGGAACUCUACAAGGAAGCACGAGAGAAGACGGCUCUGAACAAGAUAUCAACAGAGAUCACGUGUUAUCGAGGAAAGAGUAAGAACCCGGGAUGGUUGGAUACAGAGCCAGAGAUGUUCUCGUGCUUGUGUACCGUACACGCCGAUACUUCCCGCAUAUUGAGAAUAAAGAGAAACGGGCCUAAGGGGACAUAUUUCUCUCAGGAAUUCAAAGUUGUCCUCCUAUGUGGUCUCACCGAGUUGAAGGCACAAAUCAGCUGGAUGGAGAACGGGAGGGAGAUGAGAGGUCCGGCGAUCAUCGUGUACGAUGAUGAUGCUCAAGCUUUGAACUAA